AUGAGUCUGAAGCCCAGGCCAGAAUCUCAAAGUCCCGGCCUGGCUCGGUACAAUUUGGCUGCUGCUGUCUACGUGCAGCGGCUGCCCGUCGUGUCCGCAGACUGUUCUCCCAGAGCAGCGCUUCAGAGACAUGAUGGCCCAGAUGCAGAGCGGCUGAAGAGGAAGCAGGCGGACGACUAUGACUCUGAUGAAGAGGACGUCCAGAUGGAUCAGGUACUGGCCCAGGACCUGGAAGACCCCUGGGAGCAGAAGUUCAGGAACAUGCAGUUUACUCCGAGAGUUAGAGGUCAGUGGAAAAGGAUUUAA